UUGGCGAUGCGUCAUAUCCGCUUUGUGAUUCCGCCAAUGAGCUUUCGCCAAACCAAUCAGCGGUCCUCGUUCAAAACAGUAACGGAGCUGUUGAUGUACUUGCUAUCAACGACAGACAUUCUGACAAGCUUGACAUUCGGCACAUUCAAGAUAAUUUCUCCUUUCCACAAUGGCAGAAGGGGAGGAUGUGGAAUGGGAGCUCUGCAAGGAGAAUAUUCAACCUCUAAGACGUGGGAGAAACAUGUCAGCCUUGCUACAGGCACUCAAUCAAAACAAAGAUGGCCUGAGCCCUGCCAUCCUCCAACAGAAACAGGCUUUUGAGUCUGAAUUGCGGCUGUACGAUGGAGACGAUCCGCUUGAUGUUUGGGACCGGUACAUCAAAUGGUCGGAGCAAAUGUUUCCUCAGGGAGGAAAAGAGAGCAACCUGAGCACACUGUUGGAGCAAGCCGUGACGCGAUACACUGACGAGAAGAAAUAUCACGACGAUCCUCGCUACAUUGACCUUUGGAUCAAAUAUGCGGGGCAUUGCUUGGAGCGCUUGGACAUUUACAGGUACAUGAAAGCCCAGGGAAUAGGGACCACUAGGGCGUCCUUCUACAUCGCCUGGGCCGAGGAGCUCGAGAACCACGGUGACUUCCUCAAAGCCGACUUGAUCUUCCAAGAAGGACUCAAGAUGUUUGCCCAGCCUCUUGACAGGCUACAGCAGUUCCACAAGUUGUUGCAGGCUCGCGUGUCCCAGCAAGCAAUGAAGAAAGUCGAUGAUGGUGACAGUGACGACGAGCCCAAACAAACCGACAGAGUUUCUCUUGCUGAGCUCAAAACACGAGGGAAAAAGGCCGCCGUACCUAUUGUCAGAACGGGACCUGCAAUACAAAGUGUCUCAAGGGGCCUGAGUUUACGUGCCGCUCCCAUCGGAGAAAGCAGCAGUCACAGCAGCAACAGUAGACUGCUGAUCUUUGAUGAGAACAAGGCAAGCGCCGGUCCUUCUGAACCGAAAUUUGAGCAUUGGUUGGCUCCCCCUACUGCGAGGGCAAAGGAAAAUGAGAGAGGGGCAGAAAAAUGGUGUGACGUCAAGAUGCGCCAGAAGUCCAAAUUUGGAAACACACUGACGGUUCCGCUUCCUCCGAAACCCACUUUCCAACCAUUUGUUGACGAGUUGGUUGAGACUCCAAAAAUGACGCCGUGCAAGAUCAUCCCGACAGUGAAUAACAUUUUGUCGGCACGCAAGCCCUGCAGAGACGACACUCCUCUGAAAAAGCUGCUGGAGAACCAACAUCAACAGAAAGAAGACGAAUCGGGCAAAGAGCUAGAAAAGAGCAUGUACUGUAAAGAGCUGCUCUUCAGCGGCACCACCGAAUGCAGCUUAGAGGAACUACGUGCUGAGCUGUACUUCAAGAAGAAGAAUUCGCAGAUGGGCAGCUGCACUGACAAGCCAGCGAAUGGCCCUGAGAAGAAAUAACGAGGCAAGCAUGGUCAUUGUAUACUCGCCAGAAGUACCUUUCAAAAUGUGAAGACAUCCAGUACAUCAAAAUCCACCAUACUCGUUACCAAUCUAGUGAAAAUAAAUAACUUGACUGAAUAGUAAUAUUUUCCUACAAUAUCAUCAGAAUAUUGUUAUCAUGUCAUUGAUCCUCCAGAAAGGACCACGUUAAUACAGUGGACACCGGUAUAUGUGCAGUUUGGCUCCCGCAGAUACAGCUGUUCGCAGAUUCCCCCCCAAUUUCAAUUUUUUUUUCAUUUUUUUUGGGAGGGGGGAGGCAACAAACCAACCCCGAAAACACGUUUCCCCCCCCCCCCCUCUCUUCCAAUGCAUUCAUAAUGAGCAUCAAUUGUUCUUGAAUUUUCACUAUUUGCGGUCAGGCGUGGAAUAGCGGGGGUCCACUAUCAUGCUGUUUUCAUUGUCCACUGCCAAAGUGGUAUUCAUUUACCAGUUUGUUUAUUAUUGUCCUUUGCAGUGGCGCUGGUAGGUGUUUCUAAUAGUUCACUCUUCUGAUGUCGCUAAAUGUGAUAACCAAAGUCCAGUAUUGGAAACCCCUGUGAGUAUAAUUCAAUGCUGUUCCAUAGCCACAAUAAUAAACAUUAAAUACAUAAGUACCUCACUGAUGGUGUUGACCAAAGCUGAUCAUCAUUGCCUUUAUAAAGGGAACAUUUUUGAUACAGCUCUUGUAUUGGAUCACAGUGGACAAGGGUACUUUUGUCCCAUAGGCUGUGCAUUUUCAGCUUUAUUUAUUGUACGUCACAUUUUUUUUUACCCUCAUUUAGGUUACAUUGUCAAAUUGAACAAACCAUUAAAAAAAGCCCAAUAUUAUUUACUAUUAGAGUGUAAUUUAAACUCCUCUACACUAUAUCCUGGCUCUGUUUCUAAACCACUCCUUUGUCCAAUACUAAAUUGUCCGUACAUACUUUCUGUUCUUUAUAUGUGUUAUUUCAUAACAGUUACAGUGUAAGAAAAGUUCUCUUCAUCCUCAAUAAAACUGUUAAGUGACAAUUAUUUUGUGUUCUUUUUCUAAGGAGUGGAAACACCCUGCGCAAUAUUGAAAUGGGGUUUUACAUGUAUCAUUAAAGCACCAUUUGGUGAUGGCCAGAAUAAUGGUUUUAAUUCAGUUGAAUAUUGGAAUUGAUUAUUAAUUACCAAACAAUCAGAAUGGACUGCACGAUUUGGCCGCAAUCAGCAGAGGCACUGUUUAUUCAGUCGCAACGGGUUGACAUCAGUUAAAGAAGUUGAACUACACCCACGCAGACUUCCAAAGCAGCAUUAAUCGGCUCAGUACAGGACAGGCAUGAAAACGGGUUUAAAAACAUUCAGAGAGGGAGCGAUUCCCCCAUCCCAUUAAAAAAAGAGAUACCUUAUUUGGUAAUUAUCCUCAUUGGUGAUCAAAGAAAUGAAGUAGCAUUCCCAUCACUAUACCAUGACCUCCUAAUUAGUUUCCCUUUUAAUGUUAAUUCUUCAGCUUGACAUUA